AUGAGACAAGAGAGCAGGUUUAAAUCUCCAACUACACUUUUCCCAGGCAUGCUGAAACGCACCAAAUACAGCCGCCUCCGGAACGAUUCUGUUACAUCUUUGGAGGAGCGCCCGGUCUCCGUGCUGCCCCUGAAGAGGAGCCUGUGUCUACACUUCAGCCCCCAGCCGCCUGCCCCUUCCACGCUCGGAGACUUCAUGGCCAACAUCCGCAUCCAGAGCCCCCUACGGGAUCGGACCGUGCCCCCACAGGCCUCCUCGGCCCCGGGACAGGGCGAGAGGGCGGGGCAGAGGCUGUUCAGUCAGGCCUCUCUGGAUAUGGGAGCGCUGAGGUGCACCAGACGACCCAUCACUCUGCAGCGUGUGGCCAGUCUGCCCUGGACCACCUGUGACCACCUGCCACAGGGCGACUGCGGCUGCGACAGUGGCGAGAAGGCGGGAGUGAAGACUGCCGUACAUCAUGAUAUUAAGUACAUGGGCAGCGUGGAGGUGACUCAGUCCAUGAGGACCCUGGACUUCGCGACUCGGAUGCAAGUCACACGAGAGGCUAUAAACAUAUUAUGGGAAAAGACCUCCACCAAGACAUCACUCAAGUCAAAAAAGACUCAGACGCGUCACAAAGGCCUGUGUCUGGUCCUGGGACAGAGCGACCUGAGCUUCAGCGGCAGCAGAGUCCUCCUCAGUGUGUCCACAGAGAGCCUCAGUCUGCUCUGCGUCUCCUCCCUGCAGAAGAUCGCGCAUCACUCCAUGCAGUCCAUCUCCUUCGCCUCCGGAGCCGACCCGGACAUGUCUGACUACAUCGCUUAUGUGGCAAAGGACCAGGACAAUAAGAGAGCGUGUCACAUCCUGGAGUGUCCACAGGGGGGCGCAGUGGAGGUCAUAAACAGCAUCGGUCAGGCGUUUGAAACACGGUUCCACCAGAUGCUCAGCCAGUCCUCCCCUCUCCUCAGCGGUGCUCCCAGGUCAGUGGACCCCAGUCCCAGAUCGCAUUCAAGUCUUUCCCCGGGUCUCGACUAUUACAACAUAGUUCCAAAGAAGACGCCUCCUGCUGGUGGGGCAGAGGAUCUGCCCCUCUCUGAACGGGACACAACACAAGACCAGAUUGUGCAAAGGGUUUGUCCACAUCCGUCUGGGGUCCUGUAUGAAAACUGCUCCACCACAGAAAGGACAGCGCCACCUGAAGCAAGAUCAGCGGUCAACUCUGUUUGUUCGACAAAAGUCUUGAUCCAGGACGAGGACUGGUUCCACGGCAGACUGGGCCGGGAGCAGGCGGAGGCGCUCCUCAGCUGCAGUGGAGACUUCUUGGUGCGGGAGAGCAGCUCGGCCACAGGGCAGUACGUCCUGAGCGGCAGAGAGGGCCCUACGGUCCGACACCUGCUGCUGGUGGACCCUGACGGACACGUUCGCACAAGGGACAAAGUCUUCCUCAGCAUCGGUCACUUGAUCCACUUCCACAUGAAGAGCCAGACACCCAUUCAGUGCGGCACAAGUGAACUGAGUCUGAAACAGCCAGUCCGCCCCAAACCGCUGCGUACCGGAACACUGAGUACCGGAACACUGAGUACCGGAACACUGAGUACCGGAACGCCAAGCACCGGAACACUGAGUACCAAAACGCCAAGUAUCGGGGCCUCCUCUGUGUAG